AUGGAUUGUUUCCGGGCAGAACCCGUCAACCCCAAGCUUAUUAGGCUCAUGAUAACACAGGCUCCGGCUUUGGUACGGGCGACCGAGGCCCCCGGCACUAUCAGAGCAGCGCUAUCAAACAGCGCAUCCACCACUGAGGCCUUCGAACAACGCCUCCACUCUAUAUUACCGAGGCGGCGCCUCUACCACCGAGGCAACGCCUUAGUCAUCCUCGUACAAAGCCCUUUAAUACUGAAACCUUCUCUAUAUAAAAGCAGCCUGAUUCCUUCAUGA